UGACUACAUAACUCAUCGGUAAACUUACUAACACUGUGAUGGUGGCAAGGACGAUGGCGGUGGUGUUUUUGAUGGUGGUGGUGGUGGUGAUUGGUGGUUUAGAGGCGGUGGAAAUAUGUGAUAUGACUGAGGAUGGUUUGAUGGCAUGCAAACCAUCCGUCACAACUCCGGAUCCGGCUGACCCGAGCCCGGAAUGUUGUAAAGCGAUUGCGGGAGCGGACUUGAAGUGUUUGUGUUCGUAUAAGGAGUCAAGGUUCUUGCCAUCUUUCGGGAUCGACCCAACACUCGCAAUAGCGUUACCGGCCAAAUGCAACCUUCCUUCUCCUCCGUGCUGAGUGGUUGAUCACGGUGGUUGGAUUUUUUUCGGUUUGGUUAUACGUGGUGGAAUAACGUUGUAAUAUAUUUUGUGUUUGUGUGUAUGAAACUUUCAGAUCGGAGGGUCAAAUUAUUAAUAUAUCAAAUACGUUACUUUUAAA